UGGUCAUUUGUUGUGGCUACAAUCACAGAAAUUCCACCAGUUGCCUUUCUUCCCAAUUUCGUUGUUCAGAGGAAAGUUUUGAAACCUCUACGAACCCAGGCAGGAGGAACAAUAAUGGCAGGAAAACUUGCUGUUGAUAGAGGCUGGGCGAUCAACGUGGGGGGUGGUUUUCAUCACUGUUCAAGUGACAAAGGUGGAGGAUUUUGUGCAUACGCUGAUAUCACACUGGCUAUAAAGUUCUUAUUUGAAAGAGUACAAGGGGUUUCUAAAGCCACAAUUAUCGAUCUGGAUGCUCAUCAGGGAAAUGGCCACGAGAGGGACUUCAUGGAUGAUCAUCGGGUAUAUAUUAUGGAUGUGUACAAUAGAUCUAUUUAUCCAGGGGAUGGAUUUGCUAAACGUGCCAUAAAACGCAAGGUGGAAUUAGAGUGGGGUACAGAGGACACAGAGUAUCUUCAGAAAGUACAUACUCACGUGGAAGGAGCAUUAAAUGAAUUAAAACCUGACAUUAUUGUUUAUAAUGCUGGGACUGAUAUCCUGGAUGGUGAUCCAUUGGGAGGACUUGCUAUUUCCCCUCAGGGAAUUGUGAAGAGAGAUGAAAUUGUGUUCAAGGCUGCUAGAAGCCGCAGAAUCCCAAUCCUGAUGGUGACAUCUGGAGGUUACCAGAAGAGGACAGCGCGGAUUAUUGCCGAUUCCAUCCUCAAUUUGCACAACCUGGGGCUUAUUGACAAGUAGCUAGCAACCAGUGGAGCUGAAAACCCCAAGGUAAAACAGAUGAUUAGAGACUCUGCUAAAGACUUAACCAACUUGUCACUGCAGUGACAAAUGACUAUAUUUUAGGAAACAACUUCCUGGUUUAGGAGCAGGAAGUCUUCACAUCAUUAUCAGGGUUAAUACAACAUACUGAAAAAGACUCAACUUGCCUGU